GCUCGUCAUCAGGCAUGGCGAUCGUGGUGCAAUGUCGCAUGUCCAUGCUGGUGGCAUCAAUUGUGGUGUGAAUGCCGAUGGCGACAGUUUGGUCAAUAGGUAAAGAUGCAUUCGACGGCCAACUCUGUGAUUUUGAAACAUUUUUCUGGCAGAUAUCGCAGCAUUUUGCACAACUCCAGCAGUUCCGCAUCGGGCUCGAAUCACAUGUACUGGGGCAAGGUGGGUCCGCUUCACGGAUUUCCCCUACUACCAGCCACGGACCGCGGCUGUCCUUUGGGCCAACUCACCUACAAAGGGAUUGCUCAACUGUUGCACGUGGGCGAAGGAGGAGCACUGGAGACGACGCCACAUACGCUGCUCACUUCGGAUGAGGUGGUUGUGUUCACGACGCGCUAUCGUCGCACCUUUCAAUCGGCGCUGGCGUUGCUCUUUGCCCUGUUGCCGGCGGAGAAGUGGUUGGCGCUGAAUGUCAGGGAAUCGCAUAGUAUGGCCUUCUGCUUUGGUGACUGCAGCUGCGCCCAGUCGAUGGUGUUGAGGAAGCGGCUGAUGCAGCUGGCGGAUCGUCAGUUGUUGCAACGUCCCGAUGUGCUGGCCGUGAUGCAAUGGAUUGGUGGCACGCUGCUGCAACAUGCGCCCACUGAGGGUGGCGUAACGAAUCCCUUCGAGGUGGUGGAUGCCAUGUUAACGGUGCUGUGCCAUGAGGCGACAACGCUACCUUGUCGACGACGCAAUGGCAGCCAGAUGAGAGAGGCGAGCACCAGGAAUCAGGAUAUCAUUGAUGUCAUCAACAUUUGGAAUUUUUGGGCACAUACAUAUAAAACAGAUGUUCGAAGUUGA